GGCUAGGAAGGAAGCUUCUCUACGUACAGAGGAAGAUAGGUAGAGAAGAUGCUGCGACUUGUUGUGCAGUCAGCCAAGAUAAAACCACCCCGAGCUCCCCCUCCUCAACUCUGCCUGUCCGUCUAUUUCAGAGAUAUGAAGAAGAGAACCCAGGAAGUAGAAGGGAAUAACCCCAUAUGGAAUGAGACCCUAGUCUGGCACCUCUGGAACCGCCCCCUACACAGAGACUCUUUCCUGCAAAUCAUCCUUCGAGACAUGAGCUCAAUAAAGAAAGAAAGGUUUAUUGGCCUGGCCACAAUACUGCUAAAACCCUUGGUGAUGAAACCAAAGAAAGUUCUUUUCAUAAAGGAUUUGACCCUGCUCAGUAACUCCAUGAUGCCCACAGAGUGCACUGUUACCCUUCAGGUGGCCUAUAUAUCCAAGAAGAAUUAUGAGAAGUCAGGGGAUGAAGACCCCUUGGGCAUCACCACCUGGGAGGAAGCCAGGCAGAAGCAUAUGCUUCCCAGCUCCACCAUGCAUAAGCUUCUAUCUUCAAGGCCUCAGCAUUUUCAGGUUAGAGUGAAGGUGUUUGAAGCCCGACAGCUCAUGGGUAACAACCUCAAGCCAGUGGUGAAAGUGGCCAUUGGAAGUCAGCAGUUCCACUCACGGGUCAAGAUGGGGAGCAAUCCUUUCUUCAAUGAGAUCUUCUUCUACAAUUUUCAUGAGAUUCCUGCAAAGUUCUUUGAUGAGACCAUCUUAAUCCAGGUGAUAAAUUCCUCAUUGAUGAGACCCCGUGCAGAGAUCGGGAGAUUCCAAACAGAUAUUGGAUUUAUCUACCAUUCCCCAGGUCACACACUCCUGAGGAAAUGGUUAGGCCUCUGCCAACCAAGUAACCCCAACAGUGGCCUGCAAGGUUACUUGAAAGUUACCAUCUGUGCCCUUGGUGCAGGAGACCAGGCCCUGGUAGAUCAGAAGCUGCUCUAUGGGGAUGAAGACAUUGACAACAAAAUCUUCCAGUCUGCAGUGGUACCAAUCAAGAUAAUCUACUUAAAGUUCUUCAUCUACUGCGCAGAAGACCUUCAUCUCAGGAAACAUCACGUAGUGAGUCCUAUGUUGGAGGUGGAGCUCAUUGGGGAAAAGCUCACGACAAAUGUGAAGGCUGAAACUGAAAACCCAAUAUGGAACCAGUUGCUGACCUUCCAGAUUCAGAUGCCCUGCCUCUCCAGCUACAUCAAGUUCAGAAUCUUGGACUGUCCUAAGAACAAGAUCCAGGAUGAGAUUGGGACUGUCAGCCUAUUCCUCAACCAGAUCUCCUCCAGUGGAGCAGAAACAGAAGGAUCAUACUCUGGCUUCUUACCCUGCUUUGGUCCCAGCUUCCUGACUCUCCAUGGAGGUAGAAAGGCCUCAUUCAGGAUCCAGGAAGAAGGCGCUACUAUUUCCAGCUCUGUUAAGGAUGGUUUAGCUUAUCGAGGCCGAGUCUUCUUGGAGUUAAUCACCCAAAUCAAGUCCCAACAUGAUACACAGAUGGUUGCCAUCUCCCAUGAUGUGACCAGUAUAGAGAAGCAACAGAACCGUCAAAAGUAUGGGCUGUGUGUCAUCUUCCUCUCCUGUACCAUGAUGCCCAACUUUAAGGACCUGAUCCAAUUUGAGGUCAGCAUCGGCCAUUACGGAAACAAGAUGGACCUGAACUACAAGCCUCUGGUCUCAACCACACAGUACAGCCCAGUGAUAUAUGAUGGGAACAUCUACCAUUAUGUGCCCUGGUACAACACCAAGCCAGUUGUGGCAGUGACCUCUUACUGGGAGGAUGUCAGCUUCCGCAUGAACUGUCUCAACCUCCUCUUCUUCAUUCGUGACCGCCUGAAAGCCAACCUAGACAAUCUGAAAUCUAUGCGGAACCCCAAGGACCCGGCUUUGCUCACCCAAUGGAAGAAACUGCUGAGGGAACUGGAGGAGGACUGCAAGCACCCUCUACCCUCCAUGACCCAACAGCCCAAAGCAACUGAGCUGGACAAGAAAAGGUGGCAGCUCCGCAGACUCUUGCUACAGGAACUGGCUCAGAAGUCCAAAGAGGCCAAGCCCAAGAACAUGGUGGCCACUGUGGAGGGCUGGCUUUUCCGUCUCAAUUCCGUGCUCCCAGAGCCCCAGGCAAGCCUUCCAGACGUGAUGAUCUGGCUGAUGUCCAGGGAACAGCGAGUGGCCUAUGCCCAGGUGCCUGCCCACAGCAUCCUAUUCUCCCCAGCGGGGACCCUACAAUCUGGAAGGUUCUGUGGGAAGAUACAAACACUGCUUCUACAGUACCCUGAGGGUGAAGGACCGAAAGACACACUCCCAGCGGCUCUCCUGCGGGUCUGUAUGUGGCUCGGCAAUGUGAGGGACAGCAAGGACCUGCAGCUGCUCCACAAGGGCGAAGUGGCAGUAUAUGCAGAGACGUAUGAGAACGAGGCCAAGUAUAAAGAUCAGUGGGGGCAGCAGGGGCUACACCACCUCCCCAAUUUCUCAGACGUCAUGGGGCAACAAGCUCUCCCCAAGGAGGAUUUCAAGGUACCCCAAGGAUGGCACUGGCAGGGGCAGUGGACAGUGGAACCUCAGAGGAGACUGCUUCUGGACAUAGACAUCAACAAGAGCCAGGUGUUGGUGGAGGUGUAUGAGAACCAACACCGUGAUGCCACUGGGACCUGGGUGCCAGCAGCAGUCCCGAACACAGACGUGAAUGGACAGCCUGUGGAGGCUCGGGAGAAAGUGAUGUGCCCCCAAGGCUGGCACUUUAAGAAUGACUGGACUGUGGAACUCAACCAUGCGGUGGACAAUGAGGGCUGGGAGUAUGGAGUAGGGAUUCAGCCCUCAGGCCUGCCCCAUGUCUGGAACUCAGUAGAGAAGACCUACUAUUCAUGUCGCCGCCGGCGUUGGGCACGUGUGCGCUUCCGGGACCACAAGGAACUGAACUAUGAACAGGAGACUCUUUCCUUUCUGCAACUGCAUCAUCCAAGUUCAGUUCAGGAGGAAGGCUGGGAGUAUGGCACUUUCGGCUCCAAGUUCAACCUGGACCCUCAGCCCCAGAGCCAGUUCCGUCGCCGAUGCUGGCACCGCAGACUGGCCCCCAACAAGGAUAAGGGCAUUGCACCCAUAUUCCUCCUGGAAGGCUCCUUGGGUAUAGAAAUGAAACAAAGAACUCAUAAGAUACAAGAGAACAGAACAUCAACUCGGAGUUUGACCAGACUGCUCAGGGAAUCCUUGAGGUCAUCUCCAGAGUACACCCGGCCACAUGACCUGCCCUUUAUCUACUUCAUCUUCAACAAACCUUACUACUACCAGCUUUUCUGCUACAUAUAUCAGGCCCGGAACCUCAUGUCUGACCAGAUCCAUACAUUCCAGGGGCCCUUUGUUCGCGUGGUUUUCCUGAAUCACAGCCAGUACACCCAGACACUGAAGAACUCUACAGCUCCCACAUGGGCACAGACACUCAUCUUCCAGCACCUCCCUCUGUAUGAGAACCCCCAGGAUACCAAAGAGAGCCCACCACUUGUGGUGUUGGAACUAUGGCAGCGGGACUCCUGGGGCAAGGAAAGCUUGUGGGGUCGAAGUAUGUGGACCCCAGAGAUUUGGCUAGAUGUCCAAAACCGGAUCCUACCUCCCAUGAAGUGGCAUCCACUUAGGAAACAGUUGGGGGAGCAAGAGGGCGAGAUCUUGGCAUCCUGUGAGCUGAUCCUUGAGACUGAGGGUCUGAGAGAGAAGACACCAAUUUUAAGUGUCCCCUGGAAGAACGGUGUUUACAUACUCCCCAAGAUCAUUCAGCCUACCUUCAAGAAAAUGGCGAUUGAGAUCUUGGUGUGGGGCCUUCGGAACCUGAAACAGGUGCAUGCUCCCCAGCUUCUAGUGGAAUGUGGGGAGGUAUCUCUGCAGACAGAACCCAUCAGGAACUUCCAGGCCAACCCCAACUUCUCUGAGUCAGUUCUCUUCCACACGUUGUUCCUGCCAAUGGAGGAGACCUACAUGUUGCCCCUCGUGCUGAAGGUGGUGGAUGUUAAAGACUUUGGCCAGCAGAUUGUGUUGGGUCAGGCCAGUAUCAGCUCCCUACAGCCAUACUUUUGUGAUCCCUGGGCUGCAGGAUACGUGCCCCCACGGAUUCCAGUGUUUCAAUCAAAAAAUUGCCAAAAGUUCCUAGAUUACAUCUAUGAAAACUUCUGGUUCAAAUCCAGCAAAGCCGAGGAUGAAUAUGAGCAUGAAGUGGACUGGUGGAACAAACUAUUCUGGGCCACAGGAGAUGAACAGAAGUCCUGGACAUACAAGUACAAAGACUACCAUACCCUGCAGGUGUAUGACUGUGAGCUGGAGGCCGUGCCAGCCUUCCAAGGCCUACAGGACUUCUGCCAAACCUUCAAACUCUACCAAGAACAGCCCAAGUUGGACAGUCCUGUUGUAGGAGAGUUCAAGGGUCAGUUCCGUGUCUACCCUUUUCCUGAGGAUCCAGAAGCCUUCAAGCCCCCACGCCAGUUCUUAGUUCAGCAUGAGAAAGAAAACUUCCCUCAGCAGUGCUUGGUGCGGGUCUAUGUGGUGCGAGCAAUCAAUCUGCAGCCCCAAGACUAUAAUGGUCUGUGUGACCCCUAUGUCAUCCUCAAACUGGGACGGACAGAGCUUGGCAAUCGGGACAAGUACCAGCCCAACACUUUGGAUCCCAUUUUUGGCAUGAUGUUUGAAUUAAACUGCACCAUCCCCCAGGAGAAGGACCUGGAGAUCCAGCUGUAUGACUAUGACCGAUUUUCACCUGAUGAUAAGAUUGGAUCCACAGUCAUCGACUUGGAGAACCGACUCCUGUCUAGCUUUGGAGCUAGAUGUGGGCUCUCCAAAUCCUACUGCCAGUCAGGGCCCUUCAGAUGGCGGGAUCAGAUGCCCCCAAGCAUGCUUUUGGAAUAUCAUGCCAAGCGGAAAGGACUGGCUCCACCUCUGUUCAGCCCUGACAACAAAUCUGUUUUCUACAAUGGGAAAAACUUCAAACUUCUGAGCUUUGAGCCCCAGCCCACUACUCCUCCUUAUUUGGGACCUACAAAAGAACGCCUUGCACUGUACCUCCUGCAUACCCUGGGGCUGGUACCUGAGCACGUGGAGACCCGCACACUCUAUAAUGACAGCCAGCCAGGUGUUGACCAGGGAAAGAUACAGAUGUGGGUGGACAUCUUCCCCAAGAAGCUUGGACCUCCUGGGCCCCCGGUCAACAUCGGCCCCAGAAAACCCAAAAAGUAUGAACUGCGAUGCAUUAUCUGGAAAACGGCCAGUAUGGAUCUGAGUGAAACCGGCUUCAGUUCUAACAAGAUGAGUGACAUCUACGUUAAAGGGUGGCUAUUUGGGCUAGAAAAAGACAUACAGAAGACAGAUAUUCACUACCGAUCCGUGAAAGGAGAUGCCAUCUUCAACUGGCGAUUUGUCUUCACCUUAGACUACCUGGCAGCCGAGCAUAUGUGUGUCAUGAGCCAGAAGGAUUACAUUUGGAGCCUGGACCCCACAACAAUGAAGUUUCCAGCCCGGCUUAUUAUCCAAGUCUGGGACAAUGACAUUUUCUCCCCUGAUGACUUCUUAGGGGUCCUGGAGCUGGAGUUGUCUGACAUGCCCCUUCCAGCCCCAAACAAGCAUCUAUGCUCCAUGAAGAUGAUGACUGCUGACCCUAGGUGGCCCCACUUCCUCCAAAACAAGCGCUUCUCUCUCUUUAAGAAGAAGACUGUAACUGGCUGGUGGCCUUGCCAAGUCCUUGACAAAGGCAAAUGGCGUCUGUCGGGUAAAGUAAAGAUGACUUUGGAGAUUCUGUCAGAAAAGGAUGCUUUAAUCAAGCCAGCAGGACGAGGCCAGUCAGAACCCAACCAAUAUCCUACACUCCGUCCUCCUGAACGUAUCAGCACUCUCGCGCAGUUCUUUCGGACUCCUGUUAAAACUUUAUUCCACAUCUUCUGGAGACACUACCGCUACAAAAUCAUAGCCAUCGUGAUCAUAGCUGUUUUAGCGCUUAUGCUGUUCAACUUCCUCUACUCAGCUCCGAACUACUUGGCUAUGGAUUGGGUCAAACCUGAACUUCGGCUGAAUUUUCCCAUUAAUGUAUUACCCAAUGACAUCAACACCAAAGAUUCCAGCUCUCCCAUCCCCACCAGCCAGUAUGUGAACCUAAAACCUACAAGAGAUCAGGAAUUGAAAUCCCUCCAAGAAUCUAUGAAUCACACAAGAGGUAUUUUUCCAGAACUCCCAGCCCCAUAAGACUAAGCAUUUGCCAAUGCUUGCCUGGCUUUUCUGCUACCCACCAUCAGGAAAUCUUCAGGUUUCCUACCAGUUCCUUGUUUCUAUCUUCUAAGACGUAUACAAAGAGCUAGGGAUAUUCUGGUCAUUAUAUUCAGAAACCAUUUUCAACAAGAAGGGUAGUAUUACGAUUUUCCACAGAAAUAAACAAGUUUUUGUAA